AUGGCUUGCUGGUCUGCAGAAAAUGCAACAAAGGCCUAUCUUAGCACUUUGAAAAUGGGUCAAAAGGCUAAAGAGCCAGAUGUGGCUGAGUUUAUAUCAGCACUAGCUGCUGGAAACAGUGCACAAAGGAUGGUUAUGGCUUGUGCUGCUGCAGCAGAUUCCACAACACUACUAGCCUUGGUUGCUGCUGCUCAUCAAACUGGUGGCCAGGUCAUUUGCAUUGUUGGUGGCCAUGAAGAAUUAAAUGCCUCCAAAAAUGCCUUGGGAAUUGCUUCUCAUCAAGUUCAAUUCAUGGUUGGAGAAGCUCAAGAACUUCUGUUAGAACAAUAUGAGACAGCAGAUUUUUUGCUCAUUGACUGCAACCUUGAGAAUCAUGAAGAGAUUCUCAAAGCAGUUCAAGAGGGUAGGAAGCAAAAUGGCACAGUGGUUGUGGGAUAUAAUGCAUUUAGCUGCAGAGGGUCUUGGUGUUCAUGUGGAUCAAAAACUCAGCUCCUGCCAAUAGGAGAAGGGCUGCUAGUGACUAGAUUUGGAGUAGCUGACACUAAACCAAAAUAUGGUAGCAGAAAUGGGAAGAUCAAAAGCCAUUGGGUUGUGAAGGUAGAUAAAUGCACAGGGGAGGAACAUGUGUUCAGGGUCAGAUUUCCUCACGGGAAAGUUAUUCAAGCUUAA